AUGGAGUAUGAGUGGGAAUCAGAGCCUUCACACUCACAGCCCUGGCUGGGGAGAAAACCCCCAGUAGAGGAGCCGGGCCUCCAGGGGGGCCACCAUCCUAGACAGCUGAACACAGCAGACAAGACAGUGCCCCAGCAGGCCGAGGAGGGGUGCUGUGUGGAGCUGCUGCUGCUGCUGCUGGCUGGAGAGCUGCCCCUGGGCUGCAGCUGCCCGCGGGACUGCGUGUGCUACCCGGCGCCCAUGACCGUCAGCUGCCAGGCACACAAUUUCGCUGCCAUCCCGGAGGGCAUCCCGGAGGACAGCGAGCGCGUCUUCCUGCAGAACAACCGCAUCACCCUCCUCCGGCAGGGCCACUUCAGCCCCGCCAUGGUCACCUUGUGGAUCUACUCCAACAACAUCACCUUCAUCGACCCCAACACCUUCGAGGGCUUCGUGCACUUGGAGGAGCUGGACCUCGGCGACAACAGGCAGCUGCGGACGCUGGCGCCCGAGACCUUCCAGGGCCUGGUGAAGCUCCACGCCCUCUACCUCUAUAAGUGCGGGCUCAGCGCCCUGCCCCCGGGCAUCUUCAGCGGCCUGCACAGCCUGCAGUACCUCUACCUGCAGGACAACCACAUUGAGUACCUGCAGGAAGACAUCUUUGUGGACCUGGUCAACCUCAGUCACCUGUUUCUCCACGGCAACAAGCUGUGGAGCCUGGGCCAGGACACCUUCCGGGGGCUGGUGAACCUGGACCGGCUGCUGCUUCACGAGAACCAGCUGCAGUGGGUCCACCACAAGGCUUUCCACGACCUCCGCCGGCUCACCACCCUCUUCCUCUUCAACAACAGCCUCUCCCAGCUGCAGGGUGACUGCCUGGCACCCCUGGGGGCCCUGGAGUUCCUCCGCCUCAAUGGGAAUGCCUGGGACUGUGGCUGCCGGGGGCGCUCCUUGUGGGAAUGGCUUCGGAGGUUCCGUGGCUCCAGCUCUGCUGUCCCUUGCGCGUCCCCUGAGCAGCGGCAAGGCCAAGACCUGAAACUGCUGAGUGCUGAGGAUUUCCGGAACUGCACCGGGCCAGAAUCCCCACACCAGAUCAAGACACACACGCUCACCACCACCGACAGGGCCGCCCGAAAGGAACAUCACUCGGUCUGGGGCCCCACCAGGGACAAGGGCCACCCACCUGGCUCCCGGUCGGGCUACGGGAAGCCAGGCAAGAACUGCACCGGCCACAGGAAUCGCAGCCAGGUCUCCAAGGUGGGUGCCGGGAAGCAGACCCAGGAGCUGCAGGACUACGCCCCUGAUUACCAGCACAAGGUCAGCUUUGACAUCAUACCCACCGGGCGGCCCAAGAGGAAGGGCAAGUGUGCCCGCAGGACCCCCAUCCGGGCCCCCAGCGGGGUGCAGCAGGCCUCAUCCGGCAGUUCUCUGGGGGCCUCGAUCCUGGCCUGGAUACUGGGGCUAGCAGUCACUCUCCGCUGAGGACCCAGGGCACCAGCACCCAGCACUGCCACAUGUCCACCAAGGAACAGAAUUUCUUUUCUUUUUCUACAAGUGGAGGAUCUGCUGGGUUUCAGGCAGAGCCUGGUAAAGGCUUCGGCUGCUGUCUGGGCCCUGCCUGGUGGAUUAUAAACCCAAAGUGUACAGCCCCAAGCAGGAGAGGAUUAGCACGCCUCACCCAGCUGUCCCAGCCAGCCCUCGCCCAGCAGCCAUGGACAGCAUCCAGCCAGCAAGGCGGUUCAAGUGCUCAGACAGAAUCCUUCCUUGGCAACAAUGGGACUAUGCCCCACGGGAGCUGAGCUCUGUGGAAUCCUGGUUAUUUGGAGAGGUCUGAAGAGCUCCCGCCAUUCUUGGAGGAAGCAGGACUCAGAGGAACAGAUGAUGCUCAUGCAAGAGGCUGGGUGACCGGCCAUCUAGGUGGCAUUUUAGCUUUUGCCUGACGUCACUUAGUCAACCUGCCCUGAAUCCAACAGUGUGCCACCUUCAGUCCCUUCCCUGGGGUGACACCUCUCAUUCCUGAUGUCUCAGGCAACCCUGGCACACUCAGCCCAGACCCUGGGCUCCAAGAACCAGUUACCAAAGGAAAGAUCAUCAGAGGCUGAAAUUUAGAACUUCAUCAUGUGCAAUGAGGUUCUCACAGGAGGUGCAGUUUUAUAACUAUGUCCACUUAUAUAUAUACACACUCUACAUAUAUAUAUAUACACACACACGAAGACACAGGUCCCCUGCCCCACACCCUUACCAAACUGUACGUCUUCUUAUGUUUAUAAAGUAUACGGAAAGCUAUAUCUUCUGAAUUAAGGAUUGUAUUGGUGAUUUCUAGCAAGAAAAGAGUUAUAAGAUUUUUGUCUAGAAUCCAAACCUGCAACAACAGUCCCCAUGUAACCUAGGCUUGCCCGGGACCAUAGGCAAAUGGUCAGUGGGGAGGGUCAGUGAGAAGGGGAGGCAGCAAGAAUCACAUCAGGGGACCAAUAUUCUUAGGUAUUUAGAGCAUCACCUUGUUUUUAUAUGCAACACAAGCCCAUCUGCUGCCCUGGAGCACCAUCACCCCCACUAUAGUAACUGUUGGCGUCAGGGUGAGAAGUGAGAAUCAGCUUGUUGGACAUCAGGGAGCCAGGUUCUGGGGACAGGCUGGCUGGAGAAAGGGAGGGAAGGAGCUUUGGGUUUCUUAGGUCAUUGGGUGAAGCAGCCUUCACAGUGUUAGUUCAAUAGGCUGGGCAGUGUCAUCAGCCUAGCGUGUUGCCAGCAAUGGUCUCGACAGGCCAGAGCGACUCUGGGCAUGAGCCCAGGCCUCCAGCACAGCUUAACUGCUGAAUUUUUCCUUGGGGCUCUUUGAUGGGCGUCCCAGCAAGGGCUCUGUGUAGGGUGGCAGGAGGGAAAGGACAGGUGGCCUUAGCAGAAGGGAAACAGUGAGGGCAUUUCAAGAACCAUCUCAGGCACUUCUGCCUUGGGGAGGCCCUGUCCCUACUGGCCCUUCUGAAGAUGCCGGGGUCAGGCAGAGGUCAGGUGGCCAGACUCAGGCAUCGGGAGCGGGGAUGUGCAGGGACUAACGCAGGCGAGCCCAGGUAGGGGACAGGGGCUCCGGUCAAGGUCAGCCAUGCUGUUGGCUGGAGCCUGGUUGGGCACAAUCUCUUUUGCGCUUUGCACAAACCUGAAUCCCCAACCAGAGAGGAUGUAUAUGAGGAGCAAGAAAUACUGAAUCCAAUUAAGAGAGAAAAAUAAUAAUAAAAAAAUUUUCUCUUGGACAAGAA